GGCAGCUGCCGGCUACGUCUAAAGCGACGCGCCGCCCCUUCUCCCAUCCCGGCUACGUCCUCCUCGCUGCCCGCUGGCGCGCCUCCUUCUGCUUCUGAGCCGCGAGGGUUGGGAGAGGCCCGGGAGCGGCCCUGCUAUCGCCCGCCGAGGAGGAAGGAAGGAGGGAGGGAGGGAGGGAAGACGCUGCUACCAUGGCGUCGUAUGUGGGGAGUCGCACUUUGAGCAAGGACGAUGUGAACUACCGGCUGCACUUCCGCAUGAUCAACGAGCAGCAAGUGGAGGACAUCACCCUGGAGUUCUUCUACCGGCCCCACACCAUCACCCUGCUCAGCUUCACCAUCCUCAGCCUCAUGGCCUUCGCCUUCACCAGAGAUGAUUCAACCCCUGAAGAUAACAUUUGGAAAGGCAUCCUCUGUGUGAUAUUUUUCUUUCUAAUCAUCAGUGUUCUAGCUUUUCCCAAUGGCCCUUUCACCCGUCCACACCCUGCAUUAUGGCGCAUGGUAUUUGGUUUGAGUGUACUUUAUUUUCUGUUUCUGGUAUUCCUGCUCUUCCUUAACUUUGAACAAGUGAAAUCGGUGAUGUAUUGGUUGGAUCCCAACCUACGAUAUGCAACAAGAGAAGCAGACAUUAUGGAAUAUGCUGUGAAUUGCCAUGUUAUUACCUGGGAACGAAUCCUAAGUCAUUUUGACAUAUUUGCUUUUGGACAUUUCUGGGGCUGGGCAAUGAAGGCUUUGUUGAUUCGCAGCUAUGGACUGUGUUGGACUAUUAGCAUCACCUGGGAGCUGACAGAGCUGUUCUUCAUGCAUCUGCUGCCGAAUUUUGCUGAAUGCUGGUGGGAUCAAGUUAUUUUGGACAUCCUAUUAUGUAAUGGAGGUGGCAUCUGGUUGGGCAUGGUGGUUUGCCGUUGGUUGGAGAUGAGGACUUAUCACUGGGCAAGCUUCAAGGACAUUCACACCACCACAGGUAAAAUCAAGAGAGCUGUUUUACAGUUCACUCCAGCAAGCUGGACCUACGUUCGCUGGUUUGAUCCCAAGUCCUCCUUUCAACGUGUAGCUGGGAUAUACCUUUUCAUGAUCAUAUGGCAGUUGACUGAGUUGAACACCUUUUUCUUGAAACAUAUAUUUGUUUUUCAAGCAAGUCACCCUUUAAGCUGGUGUAGAAUUCUCUUCAUUGGAAUUAUUACAGCGCCAACUGUGAGGCAGUACUAUGCUUAUCUCACAGACACACAGUGCAAAAGAGUAGGAACUCAGUGCUGGGUAUUUGGAGUUAUUGGUUUCCUUGAAGCUAUUGUGUGCAUCAAAUUUGGUCAAGAUCUCUUCUCCAAAACACAAAUAUUGUAUGUUGUAUUUUGGUUUCUUUGUGUGGCGGUUACUACUUUUCUGUGUUUGUAUGGGAUGGUGUGGUAUGGAGACCAUUACGGACGAGAAAAGACAUUGUCAGAAAGUGAAGAUAGUUUGUACAUCCCGGAUAUUUCCUGGCAUAACCCUAAAAUCACUAGAGGAAUGGAAGACAGUCCACCCAAACACACAAGCAACAGUGACAGCCAUUCAUCCAGGAGGAGAAAUCGUCAUUCAAAAACAAAAGUAACGAAUGGGGUUGGCAAGAGAUAAAGAAAGAGACAGAGAAAGAAAGAAAGAGAGCAAGAGAGACUGUCAGUUUCUAGAUUUCUCCCAGAAUUGUGCCUGAGAGCAAAGAAGAAAGUCUGGGUCUGGAUCUGAAUUCCCUACUUGAAGGUCAACAAGAUACGAGGAGGAGAUUGAAGGGAACAAACUCUUCAGUCAUCGGAGGCCUUGGACUUUGUUAAGAGGGAAUUCAUCUGUGUAUUGCAAAUCAUUAGCUGCCUGUCCCUUGCCAUUAAUUGGCUUGACUCUCUGCAUUCGACACUCAAGACAGUUGAAAAGGUUUAAAGGCAAAGCAGUUGCUUGCUCUGGAGGGGCCCCGUGGUAGGGUGAGAAGGCCUUAUGAAGAUUUUGGUUUAGUUGAGAAAUAUGAUCCAAAGUUAACUGUCAGCCAGUUGGUUUAUAUGCCCAUGGCUGUGUGUUUUUACCUUUGUUUUGCAUUUUUGCGUUCUUCAGCAUAACUUUUUGAUUGCUAUACUGCCUUUGCUUUUUUGGUAACUAAGCCCUUCUGUGCUAUAUUCAGUUUUAAGCAAGUAGCACUUCCAUUUUUGAGUCUGAGACUGCUGAGUAUUAUAAAGCGUAUUCCAAAUUUUUGUAGUGUUUUUAAAAUAAUAUUUAAUUCUGUUGAAUGCCUUGAAUUCACAAUCUUAUUAUGUAUGGAUUGUGUCCAUACAGUACUUAUUAACAUAGGAACAGGUAUUUAUGUAAGCAUAUAGCCCUUUGUUUUCUGGCGGCUACAGUAUUUUACAUAAGACUGUUCCUUCUUUGAAGUAUAUCAUGUUGGCCUCCUGACCAAUAAUAGUAAAACUUGACCAUAGAUUUAAAGCCAAAUACAUGCUGAUGCUUUUACAACAAUCUCCUUGGCCUGAUAAAGUGCUUGUUCCAGGAAAGCACCAUUCAGCAUUGCUAUUUAAAAAAAAAGAAAGAAGAAAACAAGGAACACUAUAUACAAACUCACACAGAGUCUUCCUGGAUUCCCCCCCCCGCCCCCCUUUUUGUUUCUUAGGAAAUAAUAAUAGAAUAAACUUUUAAUGUCAAUUCUUAGACAUUCCCUGAAAAAGAAAUGAAGCAUUAAAUGUUAAGAUGUCAGAAGUGAAAUAAUUCUGUAUUUUCUUUGCCUUGGCUUCCUUUGUGUGUCCCAUGUGGGCUGUGGGGCAGAUUAUGGCAAGAGUCUUGUCCAAGGUGAUCAGUUAAACAAGAACCCAUACCUUUGCCAUUGUCUGGGAGGUAUUGCUAGCUUUGAGAGUGCCACAGGCUAUGCACCCAAGGUCUGAUCUGUUGUAAAGGCUUCAGCAUGCAAAUCAAAGGACUGUACAUAGAAAAAGGCCACCACAAUCCGUACCACCUUACGUGCUACAGAAGAUCUGCUUUUUUGAAUAAGUCACACUGCAGCUGCUAAGCUAUGGAAAGCUGCCUUCCCCCCCCCCCCCAUAAAUGUGUGACCCUUGCAUUAAAAACUGCUUUAACCUAUUUACUGCAACUCUGCUAAAUUUUUGCAUGUUGGGGCGGGGCAGGGGGAUCCAACUGAAGCUGGUUUCUCAUUCAUAUUUUGCAAAUUGUGAACUGAUCAUUCCAUACACAUAUUUACAUAAUUCUCAAACAUCGGUUCCCUCACAAUUUCUUUAUUGUUUGUCAGUUGCAGAAAGACAGACCAGUUGGUUUCCUCCCUUUAUAUUCAAGACCCAAAGCUGGUCAAUUUUACUGUCCUUAGAAACUUUUUCAAAAAAAUAUUUUGAGGUUAAUAAUUUUCACUUUUUCAAAGAGCCUUUCUUGUUUUACAGGUACUGGAACAUGCAGGAUUAUGGCUCUGCUAAACUCAAUAACACGAUUCCUAUUCACCUUGCUAGAGUUAGGCAUUAGGUUUACAAUAGAGUUUAAUAUACAGACACACCUCUGAUAGAUGACAUAUGUGGGUAUCUUUAUUGUACACCGGAUGGGCAUCCAUAUCUACCUUACAAAACUAGAGUUUGUGUUAAUAUUCUCCAACACUGAGAUGGAGUGGUCCAUGUAUGGGGAUAUGUUUUUCAAUCUCUUGGUAAUUCCUGCAAUGUUGGAUCUGGGGAUAUGCUUUUGGAAGACCACUAGCAGUGAUUGCAUCUCCACAUUCUUGUUAUGCUUCAGCGUGCGGCUUGGAUUCUGGCCUAAAUAUUUUUAAAAUAUAUAAAUAUGGUAUGUUAAAAGAUGCAUGACUAAGCUGACUAGAUAAACACUCCUUAAUUAACUCUUUUUCAGGGACAGGAAAGACAUCUGUGAUCUGACACUUUCAUGUUAGUUUUGUUCCACUUUUCAGAAAUCCAGAAAAAGUCUUCGUUCAUGGCCUUUUCUGUAUUGGUUAGCUUUAAUGAAAUAUGUUGCCUCAAAGCAUCAUUUGUCUGCAAGGAUGAUGUACUUGUGCUUUACUUUCCAUGGCAAUUAGACUUAGGCUGCUAGAAAUAAAGGAAGCUGUGUAUUCUGAAUCAGAUCUGUCAGAUCCAAGUGUUUUCUUCACUGCUGCUGAAUUGAAGAGAUGCACUGCUAUUAUGUUUAUACUGAGAAUUCUGGAAGACACAGAAUUGCUCCCAUUUGUAGAUUUCUAGACUUGCCUUCUGACUUCCUUGUUGCCUCAUUCCAUUUUAAAAGAUUUUAAAUUAGUAUAUGAUCCAGUUCGUUGUGAUUGUUUUUGAAUGACUUUUUAAAUGUGGAAUUAUUUGUUUUUAAAAAGUGUUAUUCCUGUGGACAUUGCUAUACUGCUCUACCUGUCAUUUUGAAGGGGGAACAUUGGAUUGCUAUUUGGGGAGGGGGGGAGAAAGGUCUGGUGCAAAGAGAUUUCUACAAAGAGAAUGAAGGCUAAGAAGGACAUAGACUAGGAAUGAGCAAACCUUGCUGCUGCCAACAUUCAUCCCAAGUUGAAGGCAAUACCACAUACAAAGAUAAUAUACAAUCAAUACCAUACAUGCAGUUUGGUUUCCAUUAUACUUUUGUUUCUUACCUAUGAGAAAUAAACUUUGGACUGCCUGGGA